GACCGCAGCCCCCCCUCCCCGCCAGCAAAGUCACAGCUUCCAGGGCACCUUCGGGCAAGCGGGUGGUGGGUCCUGAUCUCGGAGACCAGAACGUGGGCUUCUGGGCAGAGAUGGCCCUGCAGAGCCAGGUGUGGUCUCCGGCCACACCCAUGCCCAUGGCCGAGAGCUCCCUCUACCGGCAGCGACUAGAGGUCAUCGCGGAGAAGCUGCGGCUGCAGGAGGAGAUCCGCGCAGCACGCGGGGAGCUGGAGGAGGAGAAACUCCGCGUGGAGCGGCUCAAGAGGAAGUCUCUCCGGGAGCGGUGGCUAAUGGACGGGGCGCCUGAGGGGUCUGAGGGACCCGAGGAUCCCGCCUCCCAGGACCCUCAGUCCCCCGAGGGACAGGCACAGGCCCGCAUCCGGAACCUGGAAGACAGCUUGUUCACACUCCAAUCUCAGCUGCAGCUGUUGCAAAGUGCGUCCACAGGUGCCCAGCACAAGCCCUCAGGCAGGCCCACCUGGCGCAGACAGGGUCAUCGUCCGCUCUCCCAGCCCACUGUGGAGGCAGGUACUACAGGCCAGACUGAUCUGAAGAGAGCCUCCUUGCCAGCUGAACCGGGCACGUCCCCAGAGUCCCCCUCUGAGCCCAGAGAUGAGGUUGUUGGGGUUCCACCAGCCCUGAGGCGGGUCCCCGGGCCAGCUGGGGGCUCCUUAGAAGCCAACGGGCCCUGCCCCAGACCCAGCCCCCCUCCAGAGCAGCAGAGUCAGGGGAUGACAGUAUCUGAGGUGAGGGUGGAUGAGGCCAAAGAAGAGGGCAUGGUGAAGGUGGUGUGGAAGGGGCUGCGGGCCACAGAGGACUGUGCUUUGGGGCCCACAGGCCCUGAGCUGGAGGCUAAGGUGGAAGAGAUGGUGCUGGAGGCCAUUGGGGACAGGCCGGAAGCUGACCACCCAGAGCUCCCGUCCUGGGUGAAGACAGACAGGGGAAUCGUGGAGGUGGUCUGGGAAGGGGUGGGAGGCAAGGAUAGCAAUGACGCAGAGGCCACGGGGGAGGUGGGUACAGGCCUGGAGGCUGUGCAGACCUGCUCACCUAGACUCCAGGAGGGACUAGAGGGAGUAGGUUCUGGAGAAGGGGAAGGGGCCCCCAGGGGCAGCCCUGAUGGCUAUGGUCAGGGGGGCUCUGCAAGAGAGGAGGGGUCCUUCAUUUGGGUGGAAAGAGUGACCCUCAGCGAGGAAUGGGAGGAGCUGCUAGUGGAGGGCUUGGAAGGGCCAAGGGCACUGGGGAGGGAGGGAGGAGAUGAGAGUCCACUGGGAGCGGAGAGGGAGGGAGGAGAGGAAACCUGGGAGGUAGAGAGGAGACAGGCAGAGGAAUCAAUGGGCACUGGGAAGAAAGGAAGUGAGGAAAAGGCGAGGGCACAGUGGGAAGGAGUGGAGAUGUUGCUAGGGGUGGAGAGGAAAGGAAGUGAGGAACCCUUGAAGCCAGAGAGGCGAGUUAAGGAAAAAGUGGAGACAGAUCCGGAAAGAGGUGAAGAACCAUUCUCAGCAGAAAGCAAGGAAGCUGAGGAGCCUUUGAGGGCAGAGAGGGAAAGAAGUGAGGAGCCACUGAGAGUAGAGCAAAGUGGAGGUGAGGCAAAGCUGGAGGCAGAGAAGGAAGUUGAGGAACCAUUGGGAAUAGAAAGCAAGGAAGUUGAGGGAUCAUUGAGGGCAGAGAAGGAAAGAGAUGAGGAAAAGCUCAGUGUGGAAGAGAAGGAAGUUGAGGAACCAUUGGUAGUAGAGAAGAAAGAUGAAGAAAAGCUAGAGGCAAUUGAAGAACCAUUGGGGACAGACAGAAAGGAAGGUGAGGGAUCACUAAUGGUAGAGAGAACAAGAGGUGAGGAGCCAUUGGAGGGAGAGAAAAAAGAAGAUGAGGAAUCACUGAAGGCAGAGAAAACAGGAAGUGAGGAGCCAUUGGAGACAGAGAAGACACAAGGCAUCCAGGAAGAUGUGAGUCCAGAAGAGCAGAGAGAGUCAGGAGGAGGGAAGGAAUGUGAGGCUGAGGAGGUGAGUGACGUAGAGGUUCCCCUGGGGGCCAAGGAAGAGCCACAGCCAGAGGAGGAAGGACCACAGCCCCAGGAGAAGCAAGAAGGCUCCCUGGAGGAGGAAGCAGUGAAGCCCCAAACCCCUGCUGAGGGCCAGGACCCCUCCGGGGAUGCCACGCCCCUUCUGGCAGAGACCCCAGCUCCUGAGCAGCCUGCCGAGUGCCAGCCAUUGCUUCCAGUGGAGCGGCCCAAGGCCAACCCCAGUGCCCACCCUGUGCCCACCUAUGCACCUGCCCAGCAGCCCGAGCCACCUGCUCCUCCUGAGGGCGAAGAGGCGAGUGGCCCUAAGCAAAAAACGUGCCAGUGUUGUGCGGUGAUGUGAGCUUGCGCCCUCCACCCCACACCCCGCUCCUCUCACAGCUACCUCGGCCUCUUGGCAUCCAGCAGAGGGUCCCAGGCACAGACAGGGCACAGGGGACUGGCAAUGGCAUCCGGGAGCCAGCUGGCCCACACAUCCACUCCACCUGGGCUUCUGGACCCCUUGCCCACUGCCUGACCUUGGUCCCCUUCUCCGACUAAGCCUUUAUACUUGAAAAUAAAACAUUAAAGCAUUCCGACAGCA